CAGUCGUAAUAAAAUCCAGAGAGAGAGAGAGGGAAGGGGGGGAUGGGGGUGUUGAGGAGUACGGAGAGUUUGGAGGCGGAGGUGGAGGAAUUCCGUGAGAUGCUGUUCAGGAGCAGCGGAGGUUUGGAGUUUGGGGCGUGGAAGAGGGGAUCGGGGGCCGUCCGGAGGGUGACGGACGGUGAGGAGGGGGAGGGACACGGGAGGAUCGUGUGCGUCACCAGCGCCGUCUCCUUUCUCGGAUUCGCCAUCGUCAAUCGCCUCCUCUCCCUCGGCUACUGCGUCCGCCUCGCCCUCGAAACCCAAGAAGAUCUAGACAAGCUGAGGGACAUGGAGAUGUUUGGUGAGAUGGAGAGGGACGGCGUAUGGGCGGUGAUGGCCAGCGUGAUGGACCUUGAUAGCUUAUGUUGGGCGUUUGAUGGAUGCACCGGGGUGUUCCACACCUCGGCCUUCGUGGAUCCUGGGGGUGCAUCCGGCUACUCAAAGCACAUGGCGGAUAUGGAGGCUAGAGCAGCAGAGCGAGUGAUCGAAGCCUGUGUGCGUACUCAAUCUGUCAGAAAGUGCGUAUUUACCUCCUCUCUUCUAGCCUGUGUUUGGCGGCAGAAUUCCCCUCGCAAUAACCGUCUCCCCACCGUUGUUGACGAGAACUGCUGGAGCGAUGAAAGCCUCUGCCGGGAUAAAAAGCUAUGGUUCGCACUGGGCAAGACGAUGGCAGAGAAAGCAGCCUGGCGAGCGGCUCGAGGAAGGGACUUGAAGCUAGUCACGGUGUGCCCGGCUCUUGUCACCGGACCGGGAUUUCGCCGCCGGAACUCCACAGGAUCCAUUGCGUACCUAAAAGGAGCUCGUGAUUUGUUCGCAGAGGGGUUGCUUGCAACGGUUGAUGUUUGCAAGGUGGCCGAGGCUCACGUAAGUGUCUACGAGGCAAUGGGUAGCACGGCUUGUGGGCGGUAUAUCUGCUACGAUCAUAUCAUCCAAAGAAAGGAAGAGGCUGCGGAAUUAGAGCGGCAGCUCGGAAUUCCCAACAGGAUUUCCAGUGAGACCCCCACUGACCACCCAACCUGGUUCGAGCUUUGUAACAGGAAAAUUUCCAGGAUAAUGUCAUCAAGGAGGAGGUGCGCAUACGAUGUCUACUCAAUAGUGUACAAUUAGAAGCUCUGGUAUUCAAGCACAUCACCACAGACUCGGGAGAGUUCGGAGCUGUGGUUGCUGGCAUUCACUGCUCACAGCGUGAUGGAAUCUUGCAAAGCUGUGUUGUUGGCAUUGAGGAGCUUCUGAGUGAAUGAAAUUGAGAAACUGAUGUCCACAAUAUUAUGCAAUCAGGUUGGAAAAGAGGAUUGUUGGAGAGGAGUGGAGGAAAAUCAUUGUACAAAGUUUCCUGUGUUAUCAGUCUUGAGUUGAUAACAUAGUGGGUAUGGACGAAAGCUUCUGAAGCAAUCAAAUUUGUUCUGUCUUUAUUUCUGCGAA